UGUUGCGCAAUAUUCAGCAAAUUAAUGCCCCUCUGUGCCAAUCACCACAGUUACAAGUCAUUUUGCGACGUUUUAUUUUUAGAAACAUGUUCAAUGGCCAUUUUCGGGUUAUAAACUGUUUGUUAACCAGCUAGCUAGCUCCAUGAAAUUAAUGGAACCAUGGAAAACCCACCAAUUACUUGGGAAAGCAAUUUAGUCCAGCAGAAGGAGAGUUUGUUGAUCCAAAUGAGGGAGGUGACGGAUGAAAACCACUCUCUCUUAAAACUUCUCGACGAAAAAGACUUUGAAAUCAAACGCAUGAGGAAGAAAGUGGAGGACGAGAGAGUGCUGGUCUUGGCUGGUGCAACCGGCUUGGCAGGGGAUGCAGCUGCCGUCAAGAUUGUGGAGUUGUCCAAGAAGAACCGAGAGAUGACUGCUGAAGUGGAGCGAGAAAGGUCUAAAUUCAAACAAAACAACAACCGAAUCAAGGAUCUUGAGAAGCAGCUGCAGGCAGCGCUGCACUCCCUACCAGGUCAGAAGAUUGAUGUCAAUGUUCAGAAAUCAAACUUUUCUAAAGACGCAGAGGACAAUCCAGUAGUGAAGACAUUGAAGGAGAAAUUAGCGGCUGCUCAGCUCAAAACCACAGAAUACCGCAACCAGGUUCAGUUUCUUAAACAGGAGUUAAAAGUGGCUCAGAAGGUUUUGAUGAGCGAGGUCGGGGAAGAGGUCAGCAUUCAGCAAUUACUGGGUAGUCCAGGCAGCUUUAGAGGACGUGCACAGCAGAUACUGGCUCUUCACGCAAGGAUGCGAGAUCUGGAGCAGCAGCUAAAGAAGGCGUCAACUCUGUCAUGCGUGCAGAGUGUGGAAGAAGAACCUCCUGGUUUUGGAAAUCCCCCAAAAAGCUCAACUCAUUUCCGCAACGUCAGCUACAUCCGCACAAUUGAGAAGGAGAAAAAAGAUGCCUUUGAGAGGAUCUCUGCUGGUUAUGAAGCCCUACAGAAAGAACAUGAAGAUGUGAAAAAGAAGCUAGAAGCCUCCAAGGCCAGAAACAAAUGCCUGUCUGAGGAAAAGACAGCUCAGAUAUGCGCCCUGAAACUCAAAAGUAAACAUGACAACGAACUAGUAGAAGUUCUGCUGAAGGAGAAGGCCCAGAUGAAAGAGACACUGAGUGAGCUCACCAAACAAUUGGAAGCACAGAACACGGUGACCCAGCCGAGCACGGCCCAAAACCUGGACACAGAGUUGAUGUCCGUGCAAAAUACUCUCAUCCAGAACUUGUACCAAGUAGUUACGGACAAGGAGAACACCAUCAAAGAAUUAGAGGAGAAAUUCCUGCAUCUUUCAGUCAAGGAGCAGUGUGUGGAGAAUCAGACCGAACCCAUCAGCUCCACUUCAGCACUUUCCCCAGAAGAGAGCGCCAUUGAAAAGAAAACCUCUCCUGUUUCUUCCUCUGCUGAGAACGGGCCGUGGUUUCUGUAACUCUGCGCAUCGCUGAGGAACUGACAUUAGAAACUUUGCCGAACACCACUGGAUCACAGGAAAUGGAAAACAAGUAACUCUCCCAGUUAGUGGUUUUACACAAUAGUCAAGUAAGGCGACCAGUAGAGACAUUAGGUCUGACUCAUUUGAACCCAUCAGAACCUUUGCAGGCAGAUACAAUCCCCCGCAGAGGCAUUACAGCGGCGCUCGUGCAGCAGCAGCUGCAGAGACAAAAUUAGAUUGUUAGAGCAGAGAUUGUGCAAGUGGAAACUGUGUUGUACUGUGAAAAUUCAUUUCGUCUCUUCUGCUCACUUUUUAAUACCAUAAAAAAUCAUUUUCUCCCCUCCUUCAUUUGAUCUUUAUUACCGUGACGUUGGAAAUACACUUAAGAUUAAACAUACCACUAUUAAGGCCAGGCAGAGAUGGUGAUGUUGUCUCCCGGCUGGCCAUCGAGCCGCAGGAAAUGGGGGCACUGAGGGCAUCGCUAAAGAGCACUCAGCACGGUGACCUGGAGCUUUACUUGCUUGACGUGAUGAGACAAGUCAUGCAUGGCUUCCUUUAGGCUUGUGACAUCCCCAGUCAAGACAGCAAGCGCUGCAACUUGGCCUUGGCCUCUACUGCUCCUACCUUCUAGACAGCAGCCUCCAGAAAAAGGAUCCUUAUUACUCCUUCCCGUCCACACCGACACCACUGUAAACCCUGUUUUUCUUGUUUGACAAUUCUGAUUGUUCCUUCCUUCUGUGGCCUGAGUAUAAACACUUGAGAGCUUUUAGUAUCAAAGUGUUUAUCUCAGGUGUCAUGAGUCACCAUAUGUGCUGAUUGCGGAAUGGUUUUUCCCCACUUACAGUGACAAUCUGAAGGAUAUUUUUUAAUCAACUAACACUUUUAACCUUUUAUCAGACCUGCUGAGCACUUGCACUGACAAUGGAUGCAAAAGUAAUUGUUUUGGUCAUGGGUUUGUAUGGUAACGUGGCUUUUCUAAGCAGCUUUUCAAAAUCACAGUCAAACAUGUGUUAGCGGCCACACUAACCUACAGAGAAAGUGUAAUAAACCUUGUCCAUAUUGGCCACUAAUAUCAAAAUGAUGUUGAUAGAAUGAUCUUAGUUUUUGUUAUUUAAUUGUUUACUCUUAAUGAUACAUUUUCUACAAUAUGACUUGUUUUGUGCUUUCCUCCAUAAUGUUUAAUUUGGAUCAUUUAAUAAAGGUAACAUUUUGCUUAAACCAACUAUUCCGCUGCAAUGAGCGAGCUUCCAAAUGUGUUCGCAUAAUGGCUGCCUACCUGCAUAUAGUGGCCACCGGUCUAUAGUAGCCACUUGGACUCGUGCUGUUUCCCUUGACUGGCUGAUAUGGACAAGUUUUACGGUACUUUAAAAAUGCUUAAAAAAACCUGACCCUAACCACUAAUGCAU